UCUGUGCAUACGAUCAAUUAGGGUCCAACGCGAUGCAGAACACUUGGCCACGGUCAUUUGCCCAGCUAUCGCCGACCUGAUCGUGGUCCUUGUCACUUGGUACAAAACAUUCCGACUCGCGGUAGAAGUGCGGAAGCUACGGAUAAAAGGAUCGAUAGCGACGAUGCUACUGAGAGAUGGCACGCUUCACUUCAUGUAUGUCAGACUCUGUCGCAGCGCCUUGUCUCGACUCUGUUCUUCCACCCAGAAUCGGUACUCAGCCUCCGCCUCAAUUUUCCUGGUACCAAUGACGUCAAUCCUUGUGUCGCGCUUCAUCCUCAACCUAUGCCAAGUGUCCCUCGGCAGCGUGGGCUUGAAUACGAUUUCUCACAGCACUCUGAACACGCCAGACCUUCCCUCUCGCCUGCUUGGCAACAUUGGCGCCGAGCUCCAGAACACGUCUCUUGUUUUCGAGGAUAUCGAGGAUAACAUGGAAGACGAGCAGGGUAUCACUGAGGGCUGUGAGACCUACGAGUUAGCACAGGUGCAGUAGUCAUCAUACAAGCUAUAUGCGAUCGUUUUAGAAGUGCCGGUUCUGACUGUAACCCGUAUUUGCACCUUGACAUAAUUCAGCGAUCGUGAUAUCCGAGCAAAUUGUUAUGCUAAGCUGGCACAAAGCAUACAUUCAU